UUUUUUCUGAUGGCGCAACGGAAACAUUCUCCCGGAACCUUUGCACCAAUUCCGUUUUCACUUAGGACGUAUUUUGACGAAGGACGUGAAGCCAGGCGACAUGCGACAAAUCCGCGGUAGAAAUAACGUAUUUAACAUCAUGAGCUGCCAAAAGGGAAUAUCUUCCGUUGAUAGUUGUAUAUUUUGUGGCGCUUUUAUAUUUUAAACCUUUUAUAGUCGGGACGUUUUAUGUUUCCAAUAUUUUCUUGUGCAUAUGUCUAUCCCAUUGAAUACUAGGGAAGGAAACAUGAAUUCAUUGUGUAAUUUUAGUUUGUUAAUUGGAAAUUAAAAGUAUUUGCAGUUCUGUUUUCAAAAUGGAAACGAGCACUGACAGUGCUGAAGUCCGUCUAGUUGUGGCUCAGUGUUUCCGAACAAUCACUUCAUCCACAGACGACAAUGACGUGACUGCUGCUCUACACACACUACACUCUUACUUGAAUGAUGGAACGGAGAACACAACCAGUUCUUCUCAUCAGUCAGAGUUCAAGAGAGCUCACUAUACACGAACCCUUCAGCUCCUGAUCAGUCAAAUCCAGGCGGACUGGCUGCAAAGGUUCAUAGCAUCCCAGAAAACAGAAGUAUGGGACGGUCUUUUUCUACAUGGUCCUCCGGAGCAGACUCUGCUAGGGCUGAUGGAAGGAAUUUGUGCACUAAAACCCAGCACCAGUUUGGACCACUUGACCAGCAUUUUGGAAAGGUUCCUACAGCGUGGUGGUCUUGCUGAGUUGCUGUGGUCUCGUUGUCUUGACACGACGCCGUCCGACUCCCACCAGCUCAGAGAGACUUUAUUGGGGCGCAUAGUGUCACUGCCAGACAUCACUGCCAACAGAUUACAUCCCAACAGCAGGCCCUUAUUUCUCCCCCAGCAGUACUACAUGUUACUUGCCGAGGAGAUGCUCACUGCCCUGGAGAAGACCUGCCAGGCUCUCAAAGAUGGAACAGACUGCUCCUUAACAUUUGUGGCUCAGACACUAGGAAAAGUGUGUGUCCAAGGACAGAGUACUGUGGUCCUGGCAGUUAUGGCUCCUCGUUUGUCCGCCUCUACUCGCUCAGACAUGAUCUGGCAGAGAGUUUGCUGGAAGCUGCUAGAGAAUGUUCCCCAGCGUUGGAUUGAGAGUGUGUUCACUGGAUUGGUGCAGGCAGUCAAUGGGCCUGAAUCUUUGGGACGAAUUAUUGGAAAUUUAGUGUUAACAAAUAGAAAGGCCCAAUUCAUCAUUACUCAUAAACUGCUACUACUACAGUACAAAUAUGAGACUCAGGUUUUAAGAACUAUUUUGGGUCACCUGGCAGCGGACAGAGAUCGGAGGCCGUUGCUCUUGCAGGUGCUACGGUCUGUGUCACAGGCCUGGGCUAACCCCAGUGCAGUGAAGCACACACCUCUGGAGCAGCAGCUGUAUGUCAGCAAGGCCUUGUUGCUGACAGUGAGCCUGCUGACAGACUCAGAGUUACAGGAGUUGCGAUCAGAGUUGCUCCAGUGUAUGCUGGGAGGCAUGCAGAGUCACCUGGACAGUAAUGUUGUGAACAUCAGGCGUGUGGGUAUGGUGGUGGGAGAGUGCGUGAGCGCUCGCAUGAAUAUCAACGGAACCAAACUCAAAUUUGAGUAUGAUCACGAUGAGCUCACAGAAGAACUGCUGUCUCUCAUGAAUCCUGCAGACUCAAGUGAACAAACACAGUCUGAGACUAUGAACAGAGUUGUUGAUGAUGAAGAAACUGAAGAAUUACCUCAAAAUAAUCCAGAACCUCGGUCAUCACAAACUGAUCCUGAUUCUGACCUGGACAGUGACGAUGAGCUGACACCCUAUGAUAUGUCAGGAGAUGUGGAGAUGACUCAAGCAUCGCCACCUCGCUACCUGCGAGACUGUCUGGAAACUUUGACCUCGUCUGAGGACACGGAGCGUGUGGAGCUGAGUUUGAAAGUGGCUGAGAGUCUGCUCAGGAAAAACGCCUUUGCCACCAGAGAGAUCAGUGUUCAGUUUACCAAGGUGCUUCUUCACAUGGAGGACAAAUACAACACCAGGGACUUCCUGGCUCUGAGACAGAGAUCGUUGGUGGCUCUCAUUGUCACUGAUUGUCUUCCUGUGACUCAGUAUUUGACUUCAGAGUUCUACUCUUUAAAUUACAGCCUUCGCCAGCGACUGGACAUUUUGGAGGUUCUGGCUCUGGCAGCUCAGGAGCUUUCUCAGCCAAUCACUGAAAAGCGACAUCUGUCCAUAAGCCCUGCUAACACAGAUUUGACUCCAUAUCCUGGUGACAACGCUGUCAACUGGCGACAGGUUGUUGAGAAACGGAUUCAAAGCAAAACUAAACACUUCAGUAAGGGCCCAGCGAUGCCUCCAACCAAGGCCACUCCUAACAGAUAUGCUCCAGUUGCAGGACACUUCUUUUUUCCACUGCUCAAGAAUUAUGACCGGCCUCAAGCAACAUUUGACCUCCUGGGUGGAGACCACUUGGUUCUGGGAAGAUUAAUUCAUACCCUGGGCCUCUUCAUGCAUUUGGCAGUCAAUGCUCCGGUGGCUGCACAGAUGGGCCGUGCUUUACUUGAUUUUGUGUGGGCAGUGCGCUACCAUACUGACCAGAUGGUGAGACGAGGCGUCCUCUUCUCCGUGUGCUCUGUGUUCCUGAGCAUGCCCAGUCAGAACCUGCUGUUAGAGCUCAGUGAUCAGCUGUUUGAGGCCAGGUCCUGGUUGGCAGAUGUGGCUGAAGGAGACCCUGACUCUGACUGUCGCAGCCUGGCUGUACAGAGUCUGGUUUUGCUGGAUAAGAAUCUGAAGAAACAGUUAGAGGAUCCACAAGCACUUAGUCUGAAAUCCUGAUCAAAACAUAAGGAACAAUUUCUCUUUUUUUGCUUCCAAUUUUGCAAUAACCCUGAAUGAUGGUGGGGCAAAAAUUGGAAUUUUAUGUAAAGAAGAAGAACUGGACUGGCAAUGAUGUCACAUACGAGGAGAUCCUUCAGACUGCAGAGCUGCUCGCCCCAGCUGCACAAAACCUAGACCUACAUUCGGGAAAAGAUAGUCUGCUGGAAAUGUUCUUCGUAUUGUUUAUACAUAAAUGAAAAAAAAGUACCAGAUUAAAAUUUCAGUGGAAACUUAUUUCUAUUUCUGUAGACUAAUAAAGGAGUGAAUCAUGAGGAAAUCCA